AGCACAGACGACAAGGCAGGUCCCUGUUUGCAAAGCCUCUGUGCCGACGUCUGCAGUACCCUGGUGUCCUGGUGUGCUGGCCCUUUUGUUUACGCAGCCCUCCUCAUGAGAGGCACAGGCUAUGAUGAAGGGUCUUUGGAGAGCUGUGCGUGGGGAGAGCUCUUGCUUAGAGCCCAGAGUACAGGCGGCCAGGGCCUGAGGACUCUGGCUACUGUUCCCUCCCUCACUCUUUCCUGAUCUAAGAUGGACACCAACAGGGGCCUCCCAGCCAUCCAGAGCCACAGGGACCUCCACAUAUGGAUCACUGAGAACCUGAAGAUGGUGCCGGUCCCCGAGCGGGCUUAUGGGAACUUCUUUGAGGAGCACUGCUAUAUCGUCCUGCACGUCCCCCAGAGCCUGAAGGCCACGUCGGGGGCACCCAAAGACCUGCACUACUGGGUCGGGAAGGAGGCGGGUGUGGAGGCGCAGGGUACGGCGGGCUCCUUCGUGCAGCACCUGCAGGAGGCGCUGGGUGGCGCCACCGUUCAGCACCGCGAGGCGCAGGGCCACGAAUCCGCCUGCUUUCGCAGCUACUUCCGCCCUGGAAUCAUCUACCGGAAGGGAGGCCUGGCCUCUGCCCUCAAGCACGUGGAGACCAACCUGUACAACAUCCAGCGACUGCUGCACAUCAGAGCGGGGAAGCACAUGUCAGCCAGCGAGGUGGAGCUCUCCUGGCACAGCUUUAAUAAGAGUGACAUCUUCCUGCUAGACCUGGGCAAGAUGAUGAUCCAGUGGAAUGGGCCCAAAACCAGCACUGCUGAGAAGGCGCGGGGCCUGGCCCUGACCCGCAGCCUCCAGGACAGGGAGCGUGGUGGCCGUGCACAGAUUGGUGUGGUGGAUGAUGAGGCUGAAGCCACUGACCUCAUGCAGAUCAUGGAAGCUGUGCUGGGCUGCAGAGUGGGCAACCUGCACACCGCCAUGCCCAGCAAGAGUACUGACCAACUGCAAAAGGCCAACGUCCGCCUCUACCAUGUCUACGAGAAGGGCAAGGAUGUGGUGAUCCAGGAGUUGUCGACCUGCCCUCUGGCCCAAGACCUACUGCAGAAGGAGGACUGCUACAUCCUGGACCAGGGUGGUUUCAAGAUCUACGUGUGGCAGGGACGCAUGACUAGCCUACAGGAGAAAAAGGCUGCCUUCAGCAGGGCUCUGGGAUUCAUCCAGGCCAAGGGCUACCCGAGCUACACCAAUGUGGAGGUGGUGGACGAAGGCGCCGAGUCGGCCGCGUUCAAGCAGCUCUUCCGAUCGUGGUCUGGGGAGCAGCGCAAGAACAAGCACCUCCGCGGAAUGGGUAAAUUACUUCAGGUGAAACUGGACGUGGGCAAGCUGCACAGCCAUCCUGAGCUGGCGGCCCAGCUCAGGAUGGUGGACGACGGCUCUGGGAAGGUGGAGGUGUGGUACAUCCAGGGCUCACGCAGGCAGCCCGUGGACCCCAUGCAUCACGGACAGUUGUGCGCAGGCAACUGCUACCUUGUCCUCUACACGUACCAGAAGAUGGGCCUCGACCAGUACAUCCUGUACCUGUGGCAGGGCCUCCAGGCCACCGCACACGAGAUCAAGGCCCUGAAGGGCAACGCCGAGGAGCUGGACCUCCAGUACCACGGAGCGCUGGUGCAGGAGCACGUGACCAUGGGCAGCGAGCCCCCUCACUUCCUCGCCAUCUUCCAGGGCCAGCUGGUGAUCUUCCAGGGGAGCGCUGGGCACAACGGGAAGGGGCAGCCAGAGUCCGCCACAAGGCUCUUCCACGUACGAGGCACCGACAGCUACAACACCUGGACCCUGGAGGUGCCAGCCCGGGCCUCAGCCCUCAACUCCAACGAUAUCUUCCUGCUGGCCACAGCCGGCCUCUGCUACCUCUGGUUUGGGAAGGGCUGCAGCGGUGACCAGCGUGAGAUGGCACGGACAGUGGUCACCGUCAUCUCCAGGAAGGACAAAGAAAUGGUGCUGGAGGGUCAGGAGCCUCCCCACUUCUGGGAGGCCCUGGGGGGCCAGGCACCCUACCCCAGCAGCAAGAGGCUCCCCGAAGAUGUGUCCGACUUCCAGCCACGACUGUUUGAGUGCUCCAUCCAGAUGGGCCCCCUGGUCCUCACGGAAGUGGUGUUCUUUAGCCAAGAGGACCUGGACAAGUAUGACGUCAUGUUACUGGACACCUGGGAGGAGAUUUUCCUGUGGCUGGGGGCAGCUGCGAGCGAGUGGAAGCAGGAGGCCGUGGCCUGGGGCCGGGAGUACCUGAAGACACACCCAGCAGGGAGGAGCCUGGCCACGCCUAUCAUGCUGGUCAAGCAGGGCCACGAGCCUCCCACCUUCACUGGAUGGUUCCACAACUGGGACCCCUACAAAUGGACCAACAAUCAGUCUUAUGAGGAGGUGGUGGAGGGCGGCCUGGGAGCAGUAUCUGCCAUCUCAGAGAGAACAGCACAGGUCAGCAGCUUCCGGCUGUCCAGAUCGCCACGCAAUGGCAGGGCAGGCCCGUUGGCCCUGUGGGCCCUCAAGGGCUCCAAGGACAGCUCCGAGAACGAGCUGGAGCGGGGCCCCAAGGCGGGCAGCGGCCCCAGAUCCGUGGCCAGCAGGAGCCUGCCCCGGGAACAGCUGAGGCACCAGGCUGUUGAGGACCUGCCGGAGGGUGUGGACCCGGCCCACAAGGAGUCCUAUCUCUCAGACUCUGAUUUCCAAGAUAUCUUUGGGAAGUCCAAGGAGGAGUUCUACAGCAUGGCCAAGUGGAGGCAGCAGCAGCAGAAGAAGCAGCUUGGCUUCUUCUGAACCCCGGCCCUGCCGGCUCCAUCUACGUGGCCAAGAUGCCUGCCUGCGGGCACCUCCCCUACACAUAUACGAGCCCCCUGGGGAGGCCCUCCUGGCGCACCCUGCUUGGAGACUCCCGGGUCACUAAAAUAAAAGCCUGUGGCCUUCACAAGAUGUGGGCCCGGCUGGAGGAUGGAGCGGGCUGCAGUGUCAUUCCUAACGGAAUUGAGGACAGCUCCAGGGACUGGGCCAGCUCCUGGGCUCCCGAGAGGCAGCAACACAGACAGGCUGUAGUUGGAGGAAUCCGUUCUCCACCCGGCGGGGUAGAUCCUGCUCAGGUGACUCACAUUGUGGCGGACAAAGCUGUUUCCUGAGGGGGGUGUGGGCGCAUUAGAAGUGGAGGCCUCCUGGUGAGUCCAAGCCCCUCCCUACCAGCUCUGUCUGGUAACAGCGUGGGGUGCCAGCUCUGGGUGACGUCCGGAGGGGUGGGAGCCAGUCCUGACCCUGGCCAGCUCAGGUGGUCAGACAGAUGGACAGCACCCUGGGGGGACAGGGCCGGGCUCACCUGAUUCUUGAAGCAGUCGGAGGGCACGGUUCUCGGAGAAGGAUGCCAUCUCAUAGAAAGCCUGCCCACGGGUGCCAGGACUGGGGAAGCCCAGAAAGUGGACGCUCUUGCAGUAAAUGACCAUAUCUGAGAGCUCCUUUGCUAGUCUGAGCUUGUCCUCCUGGGGGCCAUGGGGAGGCCCAAGUCAGAUUCAGAGGUUGGGGCAGGUGGGCACUGAGAGAGCCAGAAACCCAGAUACAGAGAGAACAGAGAGGGAGACAGAGAGAGGGGGCAGAGGGUCUGAGUGACAGCCACAGAGAACCCGGACAAGACAAAUACCCCACAGUGUGAUGGAGGGGGAUGGUGGGGUAGGGCCCCCCUCCCCUCCUCGCUCCAUAGCCCCCGCUCAAACCGUGGACUUGUGCUGCACUUGGUUCCUCACUGCCUCAUCCUCCAUCUCAGCAGCCUCAUCCUCGUCUGACACCACAGUGGCCUCAGGGCUGCCUUCCCCUCCAGGGAGGAAAAGCCCCCCAAGCUUCUUCCCCUUCAGCAAGAUCUUCCCCUUCAGUUGCUAAGGGUGGAGGGGCAGCUGGUCAAGACGCAGCGGGCCUCCCGGCCAGUCCCCUGCCCUCUCCUCUGGGCACCCCACCCCAUCGGGCACCUCAGGGGAAGGCAGGCUGCUGGUGACCCCGUCCAGUGGCCGAUCCAACAGCAUGGGGCCCAGGAGGGUGUGCAGGUGUUGCGCCAUCACACGCUGCUGCUCCAGGCUGCAGUGGUUCUCCAGGGACAGGAUGACGGGGUAGGGGGACACCUGGAGGCCCAAGGGCGGAUUAGGAGGGGUGGGUGGGCCCGAGCAUCCCCUUCCUCAGGCCCAGAAGCGCGCCCACCUUGAAGGCGUAGUCCCGGAUGACCCUGAGCACGUCGCAGAAGAGGAUCUUGGAGGUGAAGGUGUAGCCGUGAUAGAUGACCGGUUCCUGGUUGGGUCCAUCCCAGCAGUCGAGCUCCAGGCAGCGGCAGCCUUUGCACAGCGCCCUGCGAGUGGGACGGCGGCUAGGCCCCUCGGUCCCGGCCGGGCCCCGCCCAGGUCCCGCCUGCCCGCCCAGGUCCCGCUCAGCCCCGCCCCGCCCCGCCCCGCCCCGCCCCAUCACGACCAGGUCCCGCCCGGCCCCGCCCCAUCAUGCCCAGGUCUCCCGGCCCCACCGAAUGUAGGCUUCGGUGCUGCUGGGCCCCGUGAGCUGGUCUUCCAGCAGGUAGGUGUUGUGAGAGGACGACACCAGGUAGUGACUGAGCGGCUGGCCCAUGUCCUGGUAGACCCGCCGGUGCGCCCGGUUGAAGGCGCUGCCGUCGGCCGAGAGCAGGUACAUGAGGAAGCCGUCCUUGGUCAUCUGCCGCCGCGCCUUGGCUGGGAGGCGGGAGGCCGGCGCCCGUCAGAGCCCUAGGCUGGCGCCGCCGCUCUGGGGUGAGGGACUCCCCCUCCCCGCACUCACCUCUCCCCUACUCUUCCUGCCUCCCGUCCUGAGCUGGUCCUCGGUACCUCUUGGAAGCGGCUAAGCUCGAGUCUCUUGACCAGACCGUGACUAUCCCAGGGUGGGGCCCUGUCUCCUCCUCUGUCCCCCAUGCUGUGAGGCCCCCCCCUGAGGGCAGGGCCUCAUCUCCUCCUUCUCCAGGACUGGGCCCCAUCUGAUGUCUUAAAGCUUUGUGGCCAGCGUGGGCACAAAGAGGGAGGCAGGAAAAGUGCCUGCUUUUCCAGCCUUCUCUCUCUCCAUUUCCUGGGGGAGGAGUCCUCAAAGCCCCUGAAGGAGGAACCAAGAGAGGGUCCCUGCCUCCCAUCUGCUUUCCUGGGGCAGAGAAAUACUGACCAGGGGCUCUGGGCCUGGCUGAGGUGCCCCCUUCCCGCCAGCUCCCUACUCUUGGGCUGCCGUCUCCCCAGGGGUCUCCCCACCCUGUGUGGCCCUGGGACUACAGGUCAUAGGCCCUCACCCAUCUCGCUGGGCUCGUAGCGCUCAAUGAGGGAGAGGGCCAGUGCAGGCCCCGCCGCCUCCUCCCGCUGUUGGUGCUGCAAGAAGACCACUAACUGAUCCACCGACAGGGUCUCCCCCGAGCCCGCAGCCUCCUUGAAGGUGAGGUCGAUCUCCUUCCUCUGGGUCAAUAUCUUGUAGAAGGUCUCGAUCUCCUCAUCCUCCAGGGAGUUUGUCUGAGAGUGGUCACAUUCCUGCAGAGCCAGGACGCCAGGUGGGCAGGGUUCAGAGCAGGUCUCGGGCUGCAGUCAAGGACACACUGCCAGGCAGACCCAGCCCUCACAUCCUGCCUCACCCUGAAGAUCUUUCGGGCAUAGCUGUCGUCCACCUGGAUGUUGAGCUCCUUCAGGAAGUUCUGCAGCUCCUUGAAGUUCAUCUUGUUGUCCUUGUUUUUGUCAGCUUUUCGCAAGCAGGAAUGAAUCCAGCUGGGCAAGAAGUAAGGAAAGAAUCCAGGAGCCCUGGGACCCCCGAGGUCCCAGCCACAGCCAUGAUUCAAGCUCAGGGUCAACUCCCGGGCCCAGGUGGACUGAGGUCCCCUGUAGACACAGCUCCCCGCAGGCCUGACUUUUGGCAUAUCCUCAUUUCAGAGGGAAGACCUGGUGGCCUCUUUGGAGGAAAUGUGACAUCCAGUGAAGGAGUCUUUUUCCUGUUUUCUGGCUUUGAACCCUUUCAAAAUUUCAAAAACAUUUCUUUUCUCACUCUAAAAGGGUUCAUUACAGACAAUUUAGAAAAUGCAGAAAAGUAAAUAAACAAAGCCCCCAUAAUCCUAUCACCCAGGGGUAACUACUGUUAACAUUUCAAGAAUUGACCUUGAGAACUAGAGAAGGAGGAGCUGCACACUACAGUCCACAGAAAACAGAGAGCUAACUAUAGAACAAGACAAUGGGAGCUCAUGAGCACAAUGAAAACAUGAUAGCAGGCUUCAGAAGAAAUCACAAAAGAAACAACAACAUAAAUCAUGCCAUAUAAACUUUUUAAAAUUCUGAGGAUUAAAUAAAGAAAAACUAAAGUCAUCUAUCUGACAGACUGGAGGAAGCAUUUGCAGCAAAGCCUUUGAAGAAUUAAUUAAAAAGAAAACAGUAUGAUGACCCUAAUAACUAAAUGAGAAAGGGAUAUAAACUGACCUUUUGCAAACAUUACUAGUAGUCAAAGUUAUUAACAAUUUGGAAAUGAGAUGCAAUUUCUUAAACUAAAAUUUAGCAACUUAAAAGUAUAUUACCUAGUGCAGGUAAGGGUGAGGUGAAAUGGACACUCAAAUCCAUCACGUGGGCAAAAAGUAAAUCAGUACAACCCUUAGGAAAGUGAUGGAGGGAUAGCUAAAGCUUUAACCUGUUACAUCAGUUGACUCAGUAAUUCCACUUCUAGGAAUCCAUUGGUAAGGAAAUACUUCUAAAUACUGAAAGGUUUUAUGAACAUAGUUCUUUGCAAUGUUAUUCAUAGUGGUGAAGGAAAUGAAAUGUUUGACACUAAAAGAAUGGAUCACUAAUUUAUAGUCCAUCCAUUCAGUGGAAUAGUACACAGUCAUUAAUAAAGCUGUUUAUGGAGACUAUACUAACACAGGGAAAUAAUUAUGAUAUAAUGUUACACAGAAAAUGGAUACAAAUGUAUAAUCUCCACUAUUUUUAGCAAACGUAUCAUUAGGCAAAAUGAAAUGCAGCCAGAAAAAAUUAAAGAUUAAAAUUUUAUUCUAACCUACCCAUAUUUUUAAACCUUUAUUUAUAGAUAUGUAUGUUUUAUGUAAAUAUGUGUAUUUACAUUAAAAAAAUUAUAGUAGAAUUCCAGGUUAAAAAAUCAAGUUCAGAGUGGUACACCCAAGCAUGAGGUCCCAGUGCCAACUGCUCUUCAGCAGGCUGGGAUGGCUUUAUGAUCUCAAGGUCUGGGCAGCAGAAGCCUGCAGAGGCCAUGAGAUUGUCCAAGUGCAUGCCUGUGCAAAAGGAGUGACUAUCACAAAAGUGCCACAGAAUUGGGCUUUUAAGAAAGCUCAGGGACUUCCCUGGUGGUCCAGUGGUUAAGACUCUGCACUUGCACUGCAGGGAGCACAGGUUCAAUCCCUGGUCAGAACUAAAAUCCCGCAUACCUCGAGGCAUGGCCAAAAAUAAAAUAAAUAACAAUUAAAAUUUUAAAAAGAAAGCUCAAAAUCAGGCAGACAUAGCCUUGAGAAAAGACACUUAAAAGUCUUUGAAAUGCUGAAAAGUACACAGUAAAGGGAGCUAUCAGGGUUCAAAAUGUGUCCCCCAAAGGAGUUGGAUAUACAUUGGCAAUGAAUAAUCAGAAAAUGUAAUAAAGUAAUUCCAUACAGUAGCAUCAAAAUGAAUAAAAAUACAAAUUCUUUUAAUACAUAACUUAUACUCUGAAAGCCACAAAACAUUGUUGAAAGAAAUUAAAGAUCUAAAUAAAUGGAAAGAUACCCCAUAUUUGCUGAUCAGAAAGAAGACUUGAUAUUGUUUAAUGAGAAAUACUCUCCAAACUGAUCUACAGAUUCAGCACAAUACCUAUCACAGUCAUGCUGGCUACUUUGCAGAAAUUGACAACCCAAUCCUCAAAUUCAUAUGGAAAUUCAAGGGACCCAAAACAGUCCAAACAAUCUUGAAAAAAAAAGAACAAAUUUGGAAGACUCACACUUCACGAUUUCAAAACUUCGUACAAAGUUACAGUAACUAAAACGUUGUGGUUCUGGUGUGAGAAGAGACAUUUAGGUAAAUGGAAGAGAAUUGAGAGUCGUGAAGUAAACCCUCAUAUUUAUGGUCAGUUGAUUUUUUGAAGAUGGUGUAAAGACAAUUCAAUGAAGAAAGAAUAGUCUUUUCAACAAAUGGUGCUGGAACAGCUGUAUGUCUACAUGCAAAAAAAAUGAAGUUGGAUCCCUCACCACACCAUACACAGAAACUAACUCAAAAUGGAUCAAAGACCUAAAUGCAAGAGCUAAAACUAUAAGAAGAAAAUAUAUGAGUAAAUGUUUGUGACUUUACGUUAGAUGUGACAUCAAAAAACACAAGCAACAAAAGCAAAAAGUAAAUGAAUUAGACUUCACUGAAACUAAAAACUUUUGUGCUUCAGAGAAUACCACCAAAAAAAGAAAAGAACCCACAGAAUGGGAGAAAUUAUUUGCAGAGCGUAUAUCUGAUAAGAAUAUUUUUAAAAUAUUAGAAUAUUUUUUAAAAUAUUUAGAAUAUUUAAAAAAAAAAAACCUGUUACAA